UUUUUGUGUUGAUUCGCAGGUUUAGCAGGCAUUAAAGUUGUGUAGUUAUGGGUUCUUCUGCCAUACAGCGGGAAGACAUCCAGUUUCUCGUGAAUAACGUAAAAUUCAAAAAGAAUAAUGGAUCCCUAUGCAUCACGGAAGGAGGAGUUGGUUGGGCACCGGAAAACUCUCAGGAGCUUUCUCUCACUUGCAAGUAUGGUGAGAUCAAAACCGUCAAAGUUUCUCCAGACGGAAAAGCGAAGGUGCAAGCGCAGCUGGUGAUGAACCAAGGAUCGUCGAUUAACUUUCACUUCGUGAAUCCCCUCGGAGUGGAACAUCAACUUAAGGAUCGAAAUGAAGUGAAAGAGCGUAUUAUGCAGAAGUUACCGAAAUUCCGCGUGGCUGUGAAUAAAGAACUUGAAGAGAAGAACAGAAUACUUGCCAGUAAUCCCGCACUACUUGAACUCUACAAAGAGCUUGUGAUCAAUUACGUUGUUACGUCAGAAGAAUUCUGGGCCAAUCAUGCCCCUGCUUAUUUGCAACUUUCCACGGGGGCAAAGACGGAACAGCCACCUGAGCAGCAAACUGGCAUCUCGGGGGCCUUCUUGGCGGAAGUUAAACCUGAAACAGAUGGAAACAAUGGCAUUCAGUACAAGUUGACGACGGACAUAAUUGAUUCCAUCUUCCGAACGUACCCAGCUGUGAAGAAGAAACACAUGGAAUGUGUUCCUGACAAAGUUUCGGAGUCGGAAUUCUGGACCAAGUUCUUCCAGUCUCAUUAUUUCCAUCGCGACCGUGUGGGCUAUUCAUCAUCCGACGUGUUCGCGGAUUGUACUAGGAGAGAUGACCGAGACGUUCGCAAAGAGCUCGUGAAUUUGAAAGACAAUCCGUUGAUAGAUUUACGAUCGUUCGAAGAUGGUGUUUGGGUUGACAACGGCGAGGAAGAUCCUCUACCAGUGAAAAAGUCUUCCAGUGUUCCUUUGACGCACAAAAGCAUGAUUCGAAGAUUCAAUCAUCAUUCGAUGAUGAUUUUGAAGGCUGGGCAACGCGUGGAGCAGAAAAUUUCGCAGAAGGACGAAGUACCCGGAGCGAAGCGAAAACGUGAAGAUGAGGAAUCUGUUGUUAACGUUGACAGUGGUAGAAGUAACAGAAUCAGGAAACAAAUCAUGGAAAAAAUCUCGCUUGACGAUCUCGAACCAGAAAAACCUCGCAACAAUGCCAUGCUUCAAGUUGAUUUGGAUGCUGGUCGUUAUGCUUGUGUUGAACAACGAUUAGGAACACCUCAAAUGCAUUUACAGUGGCAUGAUGCCGUUAAGAGAAAGCUUGUGUCCGAGUGGCCUGCAAGGAAACAUUUUGGAGCAUGCAUGGUGGAUAUGAAGCAUAAAACCUCCGUCAUCCAGCCGGAAGCCGCGUGGGAAGUUUUGAAGGAGUUUUCCGCCGAAGUUUCAAAAAGGUCCGAACAGAGCGGUGAAACUGUUUUCCACAUGAUUGCACCGGAUAUUCAGCAAGAACUCAUCAAUGUGAACAUUUCGCUGAUGGAACUCCUGCGGCAUUUCUGGUCCUGCUUUCCGGCCAGAACUCCUGAUCUGGAAGCCAAAGCCCAUAGGAUGAAGGAAGCGCUCGAUAGAUUCCUGAAUACUCGGUUAAGGCCCCUCGAGGAUCGUGUGCAUCGUGAUCAUUUGAUACCGAACGACGUGGUGAAACAUCCGAUGAAGAUGUUGGAAAUGGCAUAUGAAAAGUACAACGCUUGGCAGCAACGACUCACCACUCAGCCGAAGCUGAGAUGA